AUGAACAAAUGAAAAUGCUGCAUAAGUCUUCUUCUUCUUCUUCAUCUAUCAUUUUUUCCACGACGACGUCGUUUUUCACUGUCAAAUCGCCCAUAUAUUUUCCACAUUUCUUCAUAUUCACGGCUCUCCGAAGUCCAAACUCAGUUUUCUGUGUUUUCAUCAAAAAUUGAAGAAAAAUUGGGGAUGGUUAACAUGUAAUUCUAAUGUCAAGAGGCACUAUGGUCAAGUAAGGAACCUACUAAAGUAUAGAUUGAAAUGAAUUGCAGCUGCUUUGGUGCCUCAACUCAGCGGCAGAAAAGGGGUGUUGAUCUUGUUCAUCAAGAUACUGCAGGCCGCUCCACUGCAAAGACAAAGAAUAUUUCAUACAGUGAAUUACGAAGAGCAACCAACAACUUCCAUCAAAGUAAUAAAAUAGGGCGAGGAGGUUUUGGAAUAGUAUACAAGGGAACUCUAAGAAAUGGAAUGGAAGUUGCUGUGAAGACGCUUUCUGCUGAAUCGAGACAGGGGUUGCGUGAAUUUUUGACAGAGAUUGAAACUAUAUCAGAUAUCAGACACCCCAAUCUGGUUGAGUUGAUUGGAUACUGUCUUGAUGGAACUAACCGGAUCCUGGUCUAUGAAUAUUUAGAAAAUAAGAGCCUUGAUCGAGCACUGUUUGGUUCUAGUACAAGUAAUAUCAAAUUAGACUGGGACACAAGGGCUGCUAUUUGCUUGGGUACCGGUACUGGUCUUGCUUUUCUACAUGAAGAAUUAGUGCCACAUAUAGUGCACAGGGACAUCAAAGCUAGUAAUAUACUACUUGAUAAGGAUUAUAAACCAAAAAUUGGAGAUUUUGGACUGGCAAAGCUUUUUCCAGAUAAUAUCACUCACAUCACCACGCAGAUAAAAGGAACCACUGGCUAUCUGGCACCUGAAUAUGUAAUGGGCCGUCAAUUAACAUCCAAGGCUGAUGUUUACAGUUUUGGGGUCCUAGUACUUGAAACAGUAAGUGGCAGGAGUAGUAGCAGUGGGACAUGGCAAGGGCAGAAGUUACUCCUUGAAUCGGCAUGGGAGUUCUACGAAGAGGGAAGGCUGUUAGAGUUAGUUGAUCCAGAAAUGGGCGAUUUUCCAGAAAAAGAGGUCCUCAAGUACAUUAAGGUAGCUCUCUUUUGCACACAAGAAAAGGCAAAUCGAAGACCGAUGAUGAGCCAGGUUCUUGACAUGCUCACAAGAAACAUCAAGCUAAACGAGAAAGAACUCACACCACCAGGAUUUUUCCAAGAUUCGGGUGGUUUUAGUAGCUCACAACUAAAACUGAAGUCAUCUGAAAGCAGCACAAGUCAUCAAAUGAGUUCUGUGCCCCUUACAAUCACUCAGGUGACACCUAGAUAAUCAAUUACUCUUUGUGAAUGGCAAUUGAAUUUAUUUAGGAAGAAAUUAUUAUUACCCCGCGGGGCUUUGGUCAGUGAUAAGGAUGCAACACGUGAUAUGUGGAUUAAGUGCACUUCAUGAGUAUGAUCGUGCAGCAAAUGAAGUCUAGUAUUUAAGUCGGAAAGAGGAUAUAUGGAAGGUCCAUACACCCCGGAGUUUCGAAUGUGUGCACCAACUAGAGUUGUGGCAGAAGCCAGAAGCCAGAAGCCAUAGGAAAUUCACUAAAUGAUACUCUAUUUUUCUUUCUGAUUAUUUGGUUUUGUCCUUAAAGGAGUUCGUGUUUUCAUCAAUCUAAAGAGUCUCUUCUCUUGUAUGCAUAGAAUGAGAAGACAAGUCAAAUUGUAUAAUCUUUAUUUUUAAAAUUUUAUUUUACUUCUUUUUUCCCUUCA